AUGUGUCCCGAGACGACUCAGUUCUCAAAUUAUCAAACCCUAGCAUUCUCUCUUUCUCUCUCUAACUUUUCUCCGCCAUGGCUUCACGGAGGCUAUCUGCCUCCCUCAUCCACUCCUCCCUUCAUCGAUCAUCAACUAGAUCUCCAUUUACUCACUCCACCAGAGCCGCACGCGCACUAUCUCAAUCCCAACCUUCUCCUACCAGUUACUUCUGCCGUCGCCGCUCCGACCAAGCCAGUUGCAACAACCCCUGGUGAAGGAUCUAACUAUGGAAAGAUCACCGACGAGUUCAUCGGAGCCGACACGAUUGGACAGGUGUGCCAGGUGAUUGUGUCGUCGUUGAUGUGA